UGGAGAGGCGUGGGGGGGUUUAGAGGAUGAUGGUUAAACCCCUUUUCUAGGGCUCCGGCAAUGAACACAAUGCCCCAAAUUACAAACCUUCGCCUCCUUUUCUCCACUGCUACCAAUCACCCUAAUCCCUCUUUCUUUCUCUCUUCUUUCAAACCCAAUUCCCUCCUCAAAUUCAACAACAAAUUUCCCACUAAACUCCACAAAUCUUCUUCUUCUUCUUCUUCUUCUUCUUACCCUUUCUUCACCUGUCUUUCAUCGUCAAGGAAACCGCACAGAUACAAUUCCAAAUCGUUCAAUCCCAAUCGUAGAAUCAGUACCGGUAACACCAGCUCUUUGAAGCAGAGUGAUAACAAAGAGGAAAGUGGGUUAUCAUCAAAGAAAAUGGAGCUUGAAAUGGAAGACCCCAAGAAGGCUGGAAUGGCUGCUGGGUUUAAUAAGAAAAGGGCAGAGGGUAGAGAUAAAAGUAGUAGACCUAAAGACCUUAAACUAAAAGUUCGAAGACUUAAUCCUGUUAAUACAAUAUCGUAUGUCCAGGUUUUAGGAACCGGUAUGGAUACUCAAGACACAUCUCCAUCAGUUUUGCUCUUCUUCGACAAACAGAGAUUUAUAUUCAAUGCUGGAGAAGGGUUGCAACGAUUUUGUACAGAGCAUAAAAUUAAGCUAUCAAAGAUUGAUCACAUAUUUCUUUCACGUGUCUGCUCUGAAACCGCUGGUGGACUACCAGGUCUUCUUCUGACAUUAGCUGGAACUGGUGAAGAGGGUAUAUCUGUAAAUGUAUGGGGACCUUCAGAUUUCAAGUAUUUAGUUGAUGCAAUGAAAUCAUUCAUUCCAAAUGCAGCCAUGGUUCACAGCAGAUGUUUUGGUACAUUGGACAAAAACCCUGAAAAACUCCAUGAUCAACUCAAGCUUAUCGAUGAUGAAGUUGUCAAAAUAUCCGCUAUUUUGUUAAGACCAAAUUGCCCUGAAACUCAGGGGCAUAAAGAAGAUGAUUUUUCAUUAAAGUCUAGUGAUGUUUCUGUUUUAUAUAUUUGUGAGUUACCCGAAAUCAGGGGUAAAUUCGACCUAGAAAAAGCCAGAUCACUUGGACUAAGACCUGGACCAAAAUAUCGCGAAUUACAAGAAGGGAUUUCUGUGAAAUCAGAUUUAAAAGACAUCAUGGUUCAUCCUGAUGAUGUUCUUGGACCUUCUGUCCCUGGGCCCAUUGUCCUCCUUGUAGAUUGUCCUACAUUAUCUCAUUUUCAAGAAUUAUUAUUAUCCACAUCAGCUCUUGACACUUUCUAUGGUGAAACACCUAACAAAAGGGUCAAUUGUGUGAUUCAUUUAAGUCCUGCAUUGAUUGUAAACUCUAGUGAUUAUCAAAAAUGGAUGUCAAGAUUUCAUGGAGCAGAGCACAUUAUUGCAGGACACCAGAUGAAGAAUGUUGAGAUCCCAAUUCUGCAAUCUAGUGCAAGAGUUGCAGCUCGGCUUAAUUAUUUAUGUCCACAGUUCUUUCCAGCUCCUGGUUAUUGGUCUCUUGAAAACCUAAAAAGUUCAAUGCCACCUGUCAUAAAUGAGGAUACUGAUUUAAAAACUAUAUCUGCUGAAAAUCUCCUCAAGUUCCAUUUACGCCCAUUAGCACAGCUAGGGUUAGACAGAUCCAAUGUCCCAAAAACCGUGGGUCCCACUGAGAUCAUCAAUGACCUACUUUUGGAAAUACCAGAGAUAUCUGAUGCAUCCCAACAAGUUGGUCAACUUUGGAAAGUUGACCAAAACACAAUUAAAGAAGAACCUUGGUUGAAUAGUCAAAGUGGUGUUCCAAGUUGUUUGGAGGAUAUUACACGGGAAAAUGUCGAAAUUGUCCUUCUAGGAACUGGUUCUUCUCAACCUUCUAAAUAUAGAAAUGUUAGUUCUAUCUUCAUCAAUCUUUUCUCUAAAGGUAGUGUGCUUUUAGAUUGUGGUGAAGGAACUCUUGGACAACUAAAAAGAAGAUUUGGGAUUGAAGGAGCAGAUAAUGCAGUUAAAGGUUUAAAAUGUAUUUGGAUUUCACAUAUCCAUGCAGAUCACCACACAGGUCUAGCAAGAAUCCUUGCUUUGAGACGCGAUUUAUUAAAACGGGUCCCACAUGAUCCAUUAAUUGUCAUUGGCCCUCGACAAUUAAAAAGAUUUCUUGAUGCAUAUCAAAGACUCGAGGAUUUAGACAUGCAGUUUCUUGAUUGUAGGCAUACAACAGACUCAAAAAACACUUUUCAAGAUUCUAAUUUGUUUACAAAAGGAAGUCAAAUGCAGAGUCAAUGGAAAAGACCAAAUAGCCCUGUGGAUAUGACCUUAGUGUCUCCCAUUAUCAACAACUUGAAGGAAGUGCUGAAAGAUGCAGGUUUAGAUGAUGUCAUUAGUUUCCCUGUUGUUCAUUGCCCUCAAGCUUUUGGUGUUGUUUUGAAAGGGAGGGGUAAAAUUGGAAAUAAUGGUGAAAUUAUAAACGGGUGGAAGAUUGUUUAUUCGGGUGACACGCGACCAUGUCCUGAAUUAAUCAAAGCUGCUCAAGGAGCAACGGUUCUUAUACAUGAGGCAACUUUUGAGGAUGCAUUGGUGGAGGAGGCGAUAGCAAGAAAUCACAGUACAACCGAAGAGGCGAUUGGAGUGGGGAACAGUGCGGGUGCAUAUCGGAUAAUUCUUACCCAUUUUAGUCAAAGAUACCCGAAAAUACCCGUUUUUGAUGAAACUUAUAUGCAUAAAACAUGCAUUGCUUUUGAUAUGAUGAGUGUAAAUUUUGCUGAUUUACAUGUGCUUCCAAGAGUGCUUCCUUACCUUAAACUGCUGUUUAAGAAUGAAAUGGUUGUUGAUGAAGCGGAUGAUGUUGACAAUGUUGCCACUGCUGCUGCAUGAAUUUAAAUGUCUUCUGACUUUUUCUUAUGGAUUCUUGAUUAUGUUCUUGAAUGGAAACUGUUCUUAAAGUUUAGGGACCUGAUUUGUCAAGUUUCUUUUUUAGUGGGUGUAAAUAUUUCUUCUUGUUGCUUA